AUGGAACAAUCCGACGACCAAUUCUUGUCGCCGCCAUGCACGUGGGUUAACGGCCCGAUCAUCGUCGGUGCAGGCCCCUCCGGCCUCGCCGUAGCGGCGGGACUCCGGCAGCAGGGCGUCCCUUUCGUCGUCCUCGAGCGCUCCGACUGCAUUGCCUCCCUCUGGCGGCGGUGCACCUACGACCGCUUGAAGCUCCACCUCCCCAAGCGCUUCUGCCAGCUUCCCUACCUACCCUUCCCCGGCGACUUCCCGGAGUACCCCUCCAAGUCCCAGUUCAUCGACUACUUGGACUCCUAUGCCGCCCGCUUCGCCAUCCGACCACGCUUCCGCCACUCCGUCCGCUCCGCCAGGUACGACGCCACCACCGGGCUCUGGCGGGUCGUCUCCGCCGUCGGCGCCGCCGAGGCGGAGCACAUCGCGCGGUGGCUGGUGGUGGCCAGCGGAGAGAACGCGGAGAAGGUCGUGCCGGAGCUGGAGGGGCUCCUCGAUCGGUUCGGCGGAGAGGUGACCCACGUCUGCGACUUCAAGUCCGGCGAGCAGUACCGCGGCAAGCGCGUGCUCGUCGUCGGAUGCGGCAACUCCGGCAUGGAGAUCUCUCUCGACCUCUGCGACCACGGCGCCUCCCCGAUCAUGGUGGUGCGCGAUUCGGUUCACGUUCUUCCGAGGGAAGUGCUGGGGAAGUCGACGUUCGAGCUGGCGGUUCUGCUACUCAAGUGGCUGCCGGCGAGGAUGGCGGAUAAGCUUCUUCUGGCGGUGGCGUGGGCGGCGCUGGGGAACGUCGCCAAAUUCGGGCUGAAGCGACCUUCCGCCGGCCCUCUGGAGCUCAAGAACACUCAGGGGAAGACGCCGGUGCUGGACAUCGGCGCGCUGGCUAAAAUAAAGUCCGGCGAUAUCAAAGUAGUUCCCGGAAUCAAGAGAUUUCUCCCGGGAAAGGUGGAGAUCGUCGAUGGACAAAUCCUCGACGUCGAUUCCGUGAUCUUGGCCACGGGAUACCAAAGCAACGUUCCUCAAUGGCUCCAGGGAUACGAUGAUGAUGAGGGUUUGUUGUUGAAUCAUGAAAGGAGGAGGGGGUUUGGCAAUGGAUGGAAGGGGAAGUGUGGAUUAUACGCUGUUGGUUUUAGAGGGAGAGGGAUCUCUGGUGCUGGCUCGGAUGCAGUGAGAGUAGCCAGUGACAUUGGCAAGGCAUGGCGAUCGAGCACAGACAAUAAGCUACCUAACAAGAGAUCCUUCAUGUAA